GAAAUAAAGGGUUCUGACCACCUCAGAGAGCACAGACCCUCACCUCUUCACACAUGAUAGAACAGGAGUCGACGAGCUUCAAGAGGAGACUAGAGGAAAGGAUGGAGCUUUACUUGUGACACAGGAUGACAACUUGCAGAGUUGGACUCGCAGCGCUGUCGAUAAGGAAGGACUCUCAGACGCAGCCGAGCGUUAAGAGGACAAGAGUCGCGGAAGACCUUCGGUGUAGAAGGUGGUGAUCCAGUUUACACUUUAUCAACAUCUCACCUGAAGUCAGAAAAGAGGAUUCCUGCGCUGCGGGAUCAGGAGUCGUCCACGUUUCCUCACCUGAAGUGUCCCUUACCUUCCCCGGCGAACGUCUCUGCUGGGGGACUGGAAGAAAAACCACCUGACAGACUUGAGCUUUGCCUGAGGCGAAACAGCUCAUAUAUAGAAAGCUGGGUGAAGGACACUGACACAUUGAGAAGUGGAAACUGUGGUUGCAUGAACCAUGGAGGUCUAUACUACUUCGAGGAAACUUGCUUUGCUCUCAUUCACCUUUCUGUGGGGGCUCUCAGGCAUAUGGGCCCAGAUCAAUAUGCCCCAAAGCAGUAUGGAUGUGAUCAAGGGUCAUUUGGUGAAGCUGAGGGCCUCGUAUGAAUCGAACAGCGACGUGAGAACCCACACAAUCCUCUGGACCUUUUCUACUACCAACAACUCCCAAAUGAUCAUUACCUACACCAAGGACUCACCUCCCAUAGGCAACUCCCAGUUUAAGGACCGGAUUGGUUUCAUCAACAAGAUGCCCUCAAAAGACGUGUCAGUGUACAUCAACAACACCCAGGAGACUGACUCAGGACGCUACGUCUGCCAGAUCAUCAUACCAAACGAGUCUGGCUACAGUGGCCAACUCAGUCUGGAUGUGAAGGUCCCUCCUGCUGUUCCUAAGUGCUCCCUAACAGGGAAGUCAGUGCCGAAAGGAAACGUGACUCUGAGCUGCAAGUCCAGCAGUGGGAAGCCCAUUCCUAUGUACAAGUGGAAGAAAGUCAGUCCCACCACUGAGGUCUUCUUCUCACCCAUGCUCAAUGAGAAGACCGGCACUCUGAAGCUGAGCAACCUGAGCACUAACAUGUCAGGGAAGUACGUGUGCACAGCCAGAAACUUAGCCGGAGAAGAGAGCUGCUUCAUCAACCUGGAGAUCGUUUCCUCCAGUAAUGCUGGGAUGAUUGCUGGCGCCACAGUGGGCUCAGUGAUUGGCUUCAUCUUCCUCCUCAUCUGCCUGGUUUUCCUGAUGAAGAGGCGGCGAGACAGUGAGGAUGACAUGGCCAACGAAAUCAAGGAGGAUGCUCAGGCUCCUAAGCGUGUGUCCUGGGCUAAGAGCGGCAUGGGUUCUGAUAUCAUCUCCAAGAAUGGCACCCUGUCCUCUAUCGCCUCCAGCCCACAUCACAAAGAUCCCUCGCACCACCACAACAACCACCACCACCUGCAGCAGUACCCUCAGCGCCCCCCCUCAGACACCGCUUCUAUCAUCACCGCCACGGGCAGCAUGGCUGGUUACAGACCGUCCCGCCAUCACGGAGCCUCCACCCCCACCCACUACAGCUACAACAACAACACCACCCUGCCACGCGGACAGCCCAUGUCCUCCGGGGCCAGCACCAAUGGGAGCCCCCUGCCCGGACCAGAGCGCUACACCCAGCUGCCCCAGGCCCAGGCACUCCCGCAGACCUACAGCCAACCUCAGCUGCAGCUUCAGGCGGCUCCCUCCCCUCCACCGCUGCCCACCUCUACAGUCACAGCCUCCAACAUCACCAGGAUGGGAGGGGUGCCCAUUAUGGUGCCUGCGCAGAACCAGGCCGGAUCUCUGGUCUAACACCAGCAAGCACUGGCAGAACAGUGCUGUUGAGAAAAGAUGAAUUAAAGUUGAGGAAACAGUGGAAUACUGUCCCUUUAUACCGUCCAAAAGGGUCAACUGCUGAUCUUUUUUUUUUUUUUUUUUUUUAAGGGAACGCUUUAACUACUAUUUAGCAAAGAAUUACAGUAGAUGAAAAGAUCAAAUUCACUUAUUGACGCUUGCUUUUGCGCCAAGAUGCUUUCAUGGCAAGACUUUCAGACACAGACUGUUUACUUGCUUAAAGUAUACAUAAGUCUCUUUUAUAUUCUGUAUGCACUGUAUACAUUGCAAACUAUGUAUAGAUAUGAUUUUCAUACAUUUGUCUAGUAUCAUCUUUUCUACUUUAUCAAAGCAUUUCUAAUGUUUGUUUGUUUUUUUUCAAAUUUAGCUUUCCAUGUUGUCAUUUCUUCCAAAAAUCUUUUUUUUUUCCUCCUGCCAUGCUAAUUUUUACAACGUGAACAGAAAGAAUGAAACAAGUGGGGCAUUUAUUUGUAUUCAAGUCUCACAGAUGAGUAUACAGAUGAAAUGAGAAAGAGCCUCUGUAGGUCUGCUGUAAUGUACUUUAUGUAUCAUCUUUAAUUUAAUACUAGCUAAAGGAGGACUCAUCAAGACCAAAAUAUGUGUAAGCACAAUAUAUCAGUUCUACUCAGAGGAGAGAAUGUAGAACAAAGUGAAGUUAGUGAAGAGUGGGUGUAAUGUAUAAACAUAUUUGUAUUACUGAGUAUAUUUCUGCAGCAGACUUAUUGAAAGAAAGAUAGGACAACAUUAUAUACUGUAUAUGAUAAAGUUUGGUAAUGCAAAGUAUCCUAAUCCUUUUUUUUUGGCUUUACAUCUGUCGGUGGUUCAGCUUAUAAAAUGCUCUUAGACUCAAUUCUUUAAACACAGAUUAGCAAAAGCUUCUUAGAAUAUUGAGCACUAUUCAGAAUUGCAGUAAGGUGACUUUGCUAAUGCACAAGUCCACACUUGAGUUGUAAUAAUUUAAAGUUGCCUACAGCAUUGAAAUUGUAAAUAUAAUAUUUAUUUUCUGUGUGACAGACAGCAAAGCAUAUUGUUGGCCACAGCCUGUAUGUAACAUAUGAUAGAAGUAAUAUGUUUGCCUGCAACACUGGAUACUGAACCAAAGAUAUACAGUAUGUAUCGCUUCAUUAUGUCAACAUGCUCUCUUUAUAUGUUGUUUGUUUUCUAGUGUAGGUCAGUAGGGAAGCGUUUUGAUUCACUCCUAUAAGCUACAGUCUUUUUUUCCCAUUUGAUUGACAGAAACAUUACCAAGAAAUGGUAACAGGAAGUUGAUACAAUUUUCUCUGAAGACUCAUGAAGGUGCCUAGUCAGUAAUUUUCAAAAAUUUUUUAAUAUGAGAAGAUGAAGAUACACUCCUCCUCUUUAAAGUUGAGUACAUUUGCUAAUUUAAAACAAACCACAGAAUAUUGUAUCAAAUUCUUGUUGGCUUAAUAUUACUGAGCUAAAUAAGCAAAAACUAAACCACAAAGAGGUUUCCAACAAAAAGAAUAAAAAGAAUUGAUGUAUAACACUUUAACACAGCUGUAGCUCAUGUUACACACAGUAAAUGACACAGAGACAUUAUUCUGUGAGGCUGCUCUGCUGGCCCUUUUUUAACAAUUUUGACUUAGUUUUUACACAUGAAACAUCUUUAUUACAGUGUUAUACAGUUUAUUACAGAGUCAGAAUGUAACCAAAUCGCUAGAGACGUAAUGAUCUUAACAUAUGUGUUAAAUGUGUCUGUAUUACCCUUGUUCUGGUCACUUUCAAGUCACAUAAAGGCCUAUUUAAAUAUCAUGAGUCUGAAAAUCGAAGAAAUAUGUAUAAUGAUAGUGAUCGUACUAUCUGUCCUGCUGUAAUGUCAUUACACUGGAGAAUAUAUUUGCUGUUUCGCUUCUUUUUUUUUUUUUUUCUUUAGUGUGCACAGAAGGUCGGAAUAUCAAACCAAUCCUGAAAUGUAUCAUUUGAAACUUGAUGAUGUUGAAGGGAAACGUAACAGGCCCAUUCUGAAAUCAGUUUUGACACAAGCUCGCAGGGAAGUAACAGUGAAACACGUGUGGUAGUUGUAUCUCGAAGGUUUGUAUUGUUUUUAAUACAUGAGAGCAAAAUGGAAAGAUGAAUGUGAAAGUGGUGAAGAAGAGUUAGAGAGUACAGCUACAGUUCAUAAACAUACAGUUUUAACUUGUGAAUGGCAUUUAAAAAGUAUACAUUAUGAACAUUAAAAUGUAUUCGAGACAAGCCUUUAUUUUUAUACAGUAGUGUAUAAGAGCACAUAAGCAGAGUUUAUAAAUAGUUAAUGUUUCAUAAACUAAAGUGCUCACUGUCAGUGAGUUAUGAAUCUGGAUGGAUUGUAGAACUACUGUGUAUAAACUGGUGGCCAAACUUGUGCUUAUUUAUACAGUAGUCCUGAACUGUGGACAUUAAUGUGCGGUGUGCACUUGUAUCCUUCAUAUUUAUGUUCAUGGAAAAAGCUUUGUAUGAUAUUUUCAAUUAAAAUACAAAUGAACAA